GCGCCCAUCGUAGGAAACGACCAUGACGAGCGUGGCUGUCGCCCCGGGUAGCCUCGGUGCACCUCCAUCUAUGCUCGCCCCGAAGAUGUAUCAUCUACAGCAGGGGUUAAACUCAACGUCGCCCUCGCCCACUUCCGGAAAGAAUUACGACACGCUGAGCAAAGGGAAGAAGUCGUGGAGCGUGAGACUGGGCUUGUCGCGGCAGAGCCAGGCCACCGAUGACCCCCAGGGGAAGGGGUGGGGGACGAUAAGCGGCGGAAGCGGGAUUUCGCGUCAAAUGAUCUACGGGGAUCCAUGGCUGUACGGUACGGUUCGGUCUUCGAGGCCUGGUCACGAGCCACGAGGCUUCAUGACACCCCCGCCCCCGCCACCCCCGGGAGCACCAGUAUUGGUAGUAUGUUCCUGUCCGGAAUUUCUCGCCGGAACCACGCGGAAGCUCGGCAAUUGCCGCAAGUGCGGUGGUCACCGAUUGGCUGGUGUACCUUUAGGAGGAACAUGUCGGCUACCGCCGAUCUCCUCGAGGUCGAGGCCCAGCCUCGCGGGAGUGCUGAGGUCGUCGAUGGACGAUCCCUACGACCAGAUGCGGCGGAAUCGACUGGUGGAGCCGAGGACGAGGGCGCGGAGUAUCUCGCCCCACCGGCCGCUGUCCCAGCGCGACCCGAGGAGCCAGAGCGUGGCGCGAAACGAGCGGAAAGAGCGAAAGGGCUCGAUCGAAGGCACCUCCUCGAGAUCCGAAUGGUUCGACAAAGAGGGAAGCGGGAGUUUCGGGGAGGAGGCGACGGGGCGGAGGCAGCGGGCCAGCUUCGCCGGUGCGCCGUGCACGGGGGGGGACGAGUGGCUCGUGGAGGAGGCGGCGGCGAACCUCGGGGAUGCUCGAGGCCAAGCCGGGCCGGCGACGGGCGGCCCAAGAUCGGCCCGGAUCCCGAGAAAGGCGAAGGGAACGAGGAGCGACUGGGCGAAAACGGGGGCGGUUGGUGACGCGCUGGGGAAAAGCUCGGAGGAUUGGGGGGCAGGGAAGGGGGACAGGGCAGCGUCGGGCGGCGGCGACUCUCGGAGGAGCAUCCUCGAGUGCGACGUGAACCCGUACCUGCUGUUGAAGAAGCAGAGGGACGAGGACGACCUGAGCGACGACCUGUCGGACAACGCCCUCGAGCAGGACGACGCGGCUCGGUCCCUGUCCACCCUGUUCGACCCGUCCAAGGUGAAAUCGAUCGAGAGGAUACAGAGCAGGAGCUCGGUCGCGGCUAUAGGAGGGCAGAGGAUAAGGGUGUUCAACGAGCGGCGGGAGAUCUCGGACGACGAGGAGGGGGAGGUGGUACCGCCGGUCACCAGGAUUCCCAUACCAAAGGUUUCGCCGAAGCGACCACCGAGAAGGCUGAAGGAAGCCAAACAAACGCUCAAGAGUAUUCUGAAGCGGGGAAAGGUGCUCGAGACGAGGAGGAAGAACGUCCUGUUCAACGUGGACAACGUGAUAUUCGCCCCUGAAAAACCGUCGGAGGUAGCACGAUUGUCGUGGGGCAGAAUAGGGAGAAUAGGGAGCUGCGCCUCCCCAAGGGAGCGGCGCAGGGAUAACGGGCAGGAGGAGGAAGAGGAGGAGGAGGAGGAGGAGGAAGAGGAAGACGACGACGAGGAGGAUGAAGAGGAGCGAAUAGUCGCGUCGCAGCUCGAGCAGAGGGAGAAGUAUAAUUUCAUUACCAUUCCGAACAUCAAGGAUCCGAAGAAAGUGGAGAAGAAAGUUGGGAGUGCGAAGGAGCAAGCUAGAAUCUCGCAGGAUGCGUGCCAAAACGCCUCCGUCGAUCAUGGGGCCAAGGUAGAUAAAUUUGCCUCCUCUGGGAACGCGGAACGCGGUCUCGCGAAGAAGAGAGAGAAGGUGAACGAGAUGGAGGGUGUCGCACCGCGAAACUUUGCCGAUCGCCGUGCGGUUCACUCGUCGAAAGCGCGCGAGAGCGCGGGGGAGGAGAGCGAAGAGAGGAAGAGGAUAGAGAAGGUGGACGAGAUCAGAAUGGGGGAGAAGGAUAGUGAAUCACGGGUCGAGAUCGAGGAACGGAAGGAUCGUGUAUCGGGCAUCAUCGCCGUGGACGAGAAGGAUUUGAUACUGAAAUCCGAGGAAAAGAAAUCAUGUUUAUCGCGCAGCCAAAGCGAACGAUCGUUCAACAGACCAGAGGUAUCAGCCUGCGACGUGCUUUUCAUGGACACUAUGCGUCUCAGCCUCUGCAGAAAAGUGAAAGAAGCGUCGCCUCCCCCGUUAGAUUCGAGCGAGCAAACGGGCCGACGAAAAGAUUCGCCGUCGACGAUCGUCGAAUCAACGGGAAACGCGAAGAAAGAGAUCGAUUCGCUCGAGAUGGAAUCCCGUUCCGAGACCGCGAACGCGGGGGAAGUCGAACAAGUUCCUAGUGAGAGAAUAACGAAACCGGAAACGGAGUCAUCGAUGGAAAUUCGAAGCAACGCGGAGGGAGGGGGCGAGCCUCAUUUCCGAGGAAUGAGGCCGACCAGUUGGUCACCUCCGCCCGGUAAACCGAAGCAUCGUUACAAAAUCAACAAUUCCGACUCGACGAGGUCGAAAAUUGCGGACGAACCGCUGUUGAAAACGAGUUGGAGCACGCCCAAUUCCUAUGGGUCGUCGAAAGUGGAGAUCGGGUGCACGGAGACGAGCAACGUGUACAAGAUCACGGUCAGUCCCCGGGCAUCUCCUCUCGUUCACCGAUUGCAAAUAGGUCCGACGGGGUUGGGCGAUCGAGGGUCGAGGAGAACGUCGAUUUUGAUCAACGGCGACACGACUCGGCCCGCGACGGCUGCCGAGACAUCGCCGGACAAUAAGGUGACGAUCAGCGUGGGUGGUGAGGACAGCGUUUACAAUCCAACGGUGAUCUCGGUUAACUCGGAAAAUCCACCGCGAGUAAAGAAUUCCGGGGAGAAGACGCGGACCCUCGUCAUCCUCGACAAUUACAAAUCCAAUAUCGUUGUGGCGUCUGGUAAAGAGGGCGGUAAGGAGGAUACGAGAUCGAAGCCGUUGCUGAAAACGACCGAAACGGCGGAAUCUGCCUCCGAGGAGACGGAACAACGAUCUCGGCGAAACACCGAAUCCGAAAGCACGACUCCGACGGAGACGACGGUCGACUGCGAGAAGCGGGCGACGAGGUCGGUCGUGGAAGGCGGUAGGUGUUCCCUCGUGGAGAGGAACGCCAAGUUUCACGCGGGGAACGAUUCGAGAACGGUGGAAAAUUCGUCGAAAGUUGCCUCGUUGUCGAAGGAGGCGUUGAUCUCGAAGCUGCUCGAGGAUUCUCUGAGGAAGGCGCGCGAGAACGGGGAGAUCCUGGACGAGGACAGCGGCGAGGCCAUUCUGAAGAUACUGAAGCAGAGUUUGUUGAAGAGUAAGGAGUACGAGGGUUCCGAGUCGACUCUCGAGGCGAAUUACUCGAGGGCGUCCAGCUUGAAUUCGGACGGUGACUUCAUCUCGACCAAUCUUUUCCUCGAGGAGAAUCCUUACGAGGUAAUCAAAGAGCCGAUUUACGAGGAAAUACCGGACGAACCUCCCCCCCUUCCACUGAGCCCGCCGCCCACCGAAGAUUACAUAAAAGACAGGAUAUAUUUCGGUGACAUCGAUUACUACAGGAAGAGUAGCUCGGAUCAAUUCCUUGGAUCCUAUUUGACCGACAAUGUGUACAAAAAAUCCAACUCCGAGGAUCUUGGGGAAACAUAUCUGUCGAAGAGCCCCGAGGAUUUCUUCAAGAAAAUGUCCACGUCUCCUGACGAGAGGAACAUCUCGAGCAAGUUCGAGCUGCUUAACUUCCUCAUGGACACGAAGGAUCGAGCGAUAUCCAUCGAAGAGGAGGAGGACGAGGACGACGAGGACGAGGAGGAUACGGAGGGAGAUUUGGAGGCGCUCUAUGAACAAAAGGAAACCAGCCUGGGCGAUCUUAGCUCGAAAAGUUCCCAGAUAUCCAACGUUUCCGACAGCAGCGAGGAAUGCAACAUUAUAUUGACCAGCUCAUCGGAAACGUCAAAAGUAAGAGCUGUAGAUAUAGAAAGAACUGAUAGCGGAGUGGGAUCUGAAAGCAGUCAAGCCAGCAGCACACGGGGCGUGCCGAGACGUUGGAGAGCAGGAAAUGUCUCUUCGGGACCAGGAAGUCUCCUCAGUGGAAUCCCACAAGUGAUUUCCGGUGAUUCAAAGCAUUGCGAGGACUGCGAACAACGUUUGGAUCCUCUAAUAACAGAUAGCGGUGUAGUAUAUGCGCCUUUCGUGUGCAGAAAAUGCUCGAAAAAAAGAAUAGAGCGAAAAGAAAUCAUUACGGAAAUCGUCGAGACUGAACAAAAAUAUGGAAGAGAUCUACAAAUUAUUCUCGAAGAAUUUCAUAGACCCAUGUUAAGGGCUGGCCUACUCACAUCUGAACAGCUUACAGCGAUUUUUCUCAAUGUGGAAGAACUUCUUGAACACAAUCUUGUACUCGCGGAAAAAUUAAAAUUCGCUGUGGAAUUUGCUCAGGAAUCUGGAGAUGAAGAUCUUUUAACGGUAGACGUAGGCAAGAUUUUUCUAGAAUCUGAACGGAUGUUACAUGCAUUUGAAAGCUAUUGUACUCGUCAAGGAAGCGCAAGUUUGUUGUUACAGAAUCUGGAAAAGGAGAAAGAGCUGCUACGAAUUUUUCUAAAAGUUUCACAAAUGGAAAACACUGUUCUACGUAGAAUGAACUUGAAUUCUUUCCUAAUGGUUCCUGUACAAAGAGUGACGAAAUAUCCUCUUCUUUUGGCACGAUUACUAAAAGCUACGCCUUCCGUACGACCAGAUAUACAAGAAGCAAAAGAGAGAUUAAAACAGGCUCAAGCUAAUAUAGAAUUACAUUUGGAACAUAUGAAUGCUGAAGCAAAAGACGUGACUUCGACGAAACUUUGGAGAAGAAUUUCAAUUAUCCAAAAUGGUAGACGACCGAUCGGUGAACAAGAUAUGGUGAAUAUAAAAUUGAGAAAGAUGGCCGUGGAAGUAUUAGAAUGGGCUCAUGAAGAAGCAAAAUUUGUAUUAGAAGGACGUCUUCUAGUUGCUCAACCAACAGAUAAUAAUUGGAGACGUGGACGUACUGUCAAACUUGCUCCUGUAACUGCUAUGUUGGUUACUAAUGGCAAGCCAAAUUCAGAGGAUCUUGAAUUUAACGAUGAUUCUCUCUUUCCAAGACAUAUUGGUAUUAAAGAAGCUACUUUAUUGUUAGUUAAAGAAAAAUUCGGACGUUAUUCUUUGUUGCGAGAACCAUUGUAUUUAGAUAAAUGUAUAGUAUGUUGUGAAACAGAUCUUGAAGAUUAUUUCGAAAUUCAAGAAUUGUCAUCAAAAGAAACUUUUAUUUUUAAGGCCGAAGAUGGCGCCAGAACAAAGAGAUGGUGUAGAACAUUACAGACACAUGCACAAUCUCUCGGUGCAUGGCGCAAACGACGUGGAGCGCUGCCAAAUAUCAUGAUAUGCGGUGUUGCAAGAAAUUAAUAAAUUAUAUAUAAAAAAAUUUAAAUUUAAAUUUAAAUACAAUUAUUAUUUAAAAAUGUGAUUCCUACAUUUGCACAAAUAAAUUUGUGCAAUUGAUGAAACUGGCGCAUGAUCUCUAAAUGCAUUAAUAGUGAUUUAUCAAAAAGAACGUAUGUGUUGGACCAAAGGAUUUCUUCUGUUCAUUGAUAAUAUAUAUCAAUGAGUAAAUACGAAAAUCUUGCGCAAUCUAUUUUGCGUUUGCUUACAGUACGUUGAAGAAACUUAAGUUUCCUACGUUGCUGUAGUAGUCAACAUAUUGUUUAACAUAUAUAUCAUGAAAUAUUCUCUUUUUUUCUUUUUUUGAUUAGCACUUUUUUUGAAUACAUAUACUAUACAUGUAAAUUGGAUGAAUAAUUGCCUACAUAAAAGACUAAUUAAUAAUUUCAUUGCAAUUGAAAGAACAAAAAGUAGCUGUGAUACUGACCGGUGUUAUUGGGUACUUUUCGUCCGAUUAUAUUAAAUACUACGAUACGAAUUUGAGCUUUUAUUUCUAUUAUAUUUCAUGAAUGACACUUAAUUUUCACAAGAUCAAAUCGAUAAUAAUGUACAUAAUAUUGAAAAUGAGGUAAUAGGGUUGUUAUACUUUGUAUCUAUAAUUUACGAAAACCAAGAAACUGCCAAAUGUUUCAUAAUGACAGGCUUGAUAUAAAUUAAUUAAUCUUUAUUAUAUUUUAUAAUUAUUUCUUAAAUAAUAAUUAACAGUAUUUUAUGACGUCUAACACACAAAGUAGAAAUUGUAUAUUGUAUUAUAAUUUUAUUUAAGAUCUAAGCCAUGUUUUGUAUAUAGAUGUAUAUUUAUACUGAGAUUGGUUUUAAACACAUAAUUGUUAUUUUAAAUCAUUCAAUAAAAUUUAAAUAUACUUA